AGGAAAGUAGUAAAGAUAACACGGUGUUAGCUAAUGUUGUAGCUUCUCUUGAUCAUGAUUCUGUAGCUUCUUCCAGUUAUAAAUCAACUAAUAUUACUAGAUGUGAUGAAUCUCAGUCUAAUGGCAAA